AUGUCUUCAGAUACACCAUUUGCUGCCCACGUGGCUAGGCAGUUCUCGUCUUUUGAGGAUGACCGCCAGGCGUCGUCCAAGGACGUGACCUAUACCACAAGCAACGGCGUUCCUGUACCUCACCCUUACGAGACGCAGCGCGCUGGCGAGAAUGGCCCCCUCCUGCUGCAGGACUUCCACCUCAUCGAUCUGCUCUCCCACUUUGAUCGUGAGCGGAUCCCCGAACGAGUUGUGCACGCCAAAGGCAGCGGUGCUCACGGCUUCUUUGAGUGCACCAAUCCUAUCCCAAAUCUCACCCAGGCCGAUCUCUUCUCAACGAAGGGCAAAAAAUGCCCGGUAACGGCACGCUUCUCAACUGUCGGCGGCGAGUCUGGCUCUCACGAUCUCGCGCGCGACCCUCGAGGCUUCUCUGUCAAGUUCAGGACGGAGCAGGGGAACUGGGACAUGGUCGCCAACAACACGCCUGUCUUCUUCCUUCGAGAUCCAGCCAAGUUUCCGCACUUCAUCCACACACAGAAGCGCGAUCCUUCUACCCAUCUCACGCACGCAGAUGACUCGACCAUGUUCUGGGAUUACCUCUGUCACAACCCCGAGUCUAUUCACCAGGUCAUGAUCCUCAUGGGUGAUCGCGGUAUUCCCGACGGAUACCGCUUUAUGCACGGAUACGCCGGCCACACGCUCAAGCUCGUGAACAAGGACAACGAAUGGGUGUAUUGCCAGAUGCACUUCAAGUCAAUGCAAGGCAUCAAGUUUGUUACUCAGGAAGAUUCAGCCAAUUAUUCGCCCGACUACUCGCAGAAAGAUCUCUACGAGGCCAUCGCUCGUGGCGAGCACCCCAAGUGGUCCGUCGAGAUCCAGACCAUGACGGCGUCCGAGGCCGAGGACGCCUGGGAGAAGGACAAGCUCAACGUCUUCGACCUGACCCAUGUCUGGCCGCAAAAGAAGUAUCCUCUACAGAAGGUCGGCGAGUUUACCCUUAAUGAAAACGCCGUGAACUACUUCGCCGAGGUGGAGCAAGUGGCUUUCAACCCCUCCCACAUGCCGCCAGGCAUCGAACCCUCGGCCGACCCCGUCCUCCAGUCCCGCCUCUUCUCCUACCCAGACACUCACCGUCACCGCCUCGGCGUCAACUACCAACAGCUGCCCGUCAACGCAUCGCGAACGUCGUACCGCGCCGGCAAUUUCCAGCGUGACGGCCAGAUGGCAUUUUUCAACCAGGGCGCUCGGCCAAAUUACCUUUCGUCCAUCGAACCCAUUUCCUUCCACAAGAGGACUGUCGACCACGACAGCGUGCACGCGCACUUCACGAGCGAGGCCGUGACGUUCCUCUCGCAGAUUCGCCCCGAAGAUUUUGUGGCGCCGCGCGCGCUCUGGCGAGAUGUUUUCGACGACGCCGCCAGGGAGAGGUUCAUCAGCAACGUCACGGGCAAGAUGGCCUCGUGCAAAAACGACGAAUUGCUGAAGAGGCAGAUUGCCAUCUUCCGAGAGUCGAUCCCGAGAUUGCACAGCGGCUUGAGAAGAGCACGGGUGUCAAAGGAUACGAGGGCAUCAAGGAUAUGA